CAGUGAGUGACUGCUUCCGUCCACUGGCACUUCCGUGGCAGGCAAGCUAGCUUAAAGAAUGCUUUCGCAAGAGAGCCUUCCCACGGCGCAGACAGGCGAUGUGGAGCAGACGCCGGCACCGACAGGCGCUGAUAUGGACGCCGCGGUCCUGCUGUUGGGAGCUGGGAUGACGGCCGCCACGCAUCCGCUGCUUUAUGUCAAGCUGCUCAUCCAGGUGGGACAUGAACCUCUUCCACCAACUGUAGGCACAACUAUGUUUGGAAGGAGAGUGUUAUAUCUGCCUGGCUUCUUCUCUUAUGCACAGCACAUUGUUAAGGUGGAUGGAAAGAGGGGACUGUUCCGUGGCCUGUCACCACGUAUCGCAUCUAUUGCCAUCUCCACUGUAAUCAGGACCAAAGCCAAAAAGGGGCAGCCUGUAUCCAAGAAGGAUGACCUCAUGCAAACCCCUCUGAGGAAAGUCAUGAAAGAGACCUCUCACGAGAUGGUCAUCCAGUGCCUGUCCAAAAUAGCUACUCAUCCUUUUCACGUUAUGUCAGUGCGUUGUAUGGCCCAGUUUGUUGGCAGAGAGGUCAAGUACAGUGGAAUUUUCAGUAGUAUCGGCAGGAUUUUUAAAGAAGAAGGAGUCGCUGGAUUCUACGUUGGUUUAAUGCCUCACAUGCUCGGUGAAGUCCUCUUCUUGUGGUGUUGCAAUCUACUGGCUCACUUUAUUAACACCUACGCUGUAGACGACAGUUUCAGCCAGGCCUCAGCAGUGAGAAGUUACACAAAGUUUGUGAUGGGUUUUGCAGUGAGCAUCUUAACUUAUCCAUUCAUGCUGGUGGCUGACGUUAUGGCGGUCAACAAUUGUGGUUUGACUGCAGGUCUUCCUCCUCACUCGCCCAUCUUCACAUCCUGGCUGCAUUGCUGGAAUUACCUCAGCCACAAGGGUCUCUUAUUUCGAGGAUCCAGCUUCUUUUCUCGCCGCGUGCCUGUGACCUCCAUCAACAACAUCAUCAUGUACUGGACUGCCAUUGUUGUAACUAUUUAAGUGACAUUCAAAAAGUUUGAUAGUUUUAUGUAAACAAAAUAUGUCACAACGAAUAGAAUAAGAAGACAGUUGAUUUAAUGAUACAUUUUUUUCCCCUUUUUAAGGCACAGUGGACAAGUGGCUAGCAUGUCUGCCUCACAGUCAUGAGGCUGGGAGGUUAAAUCUGGCCUCUUGUCUUCCUUUGUGGAGUUUGCAUGUUCUCCGUGUACUUGUGUGGGGUUUCUGCGUACUCCAGAUUCCUCCCACAUUCCCAAAAUAUACAUUUUAGGCUCAGACUGUUAAUUGUCUAAAGGUGUAAAUGUGAGCAUGAAUGGUUGUCUAAAUGUGCUCUGAUUGGCUGGCAACCAGUUAAGGAUGUGCACCACCUCGCUCCCAAAGUCAGCUCGGAAAGGUUCCAGCUCACAUGAGUGAGGAUGGAUGAGGAAAUGGAUGGAUGGGUUGUUUUUCCCUUUAAAAAAAAAAAGGUUCACUGGCCUCGUUUAGGCAUCAGUUUCAACCAAUUUGUUAAGACAAGCAUCUCAUUAGCACAUCCUGUUGAAUUUGAUGAAAUGCUGAAGGCCUCUUCCAUCAGUCCGCAGAAAACCGUCCAAUUUCAAUAUUUUGCAUCAGAACAGAUAUGAAAUGUGAUUAAACUUGGUGACUUUGAACAGUGUGGGCAAUGUUGAUGAAGACAAAAUAUGAAAAAAAAUGUUUGAGGAGAUGGACAAAAACCCUUGUUAGUUAAAACCGUAUCAUUGAGCAUAUGGGACUGUGUCGCCUAGUUUCCGUUGAGGAUUUCAAAGGGUUUUGUGAGAUUGUUUGUUCUGAUCAAAUGCCAUACUGUAUGUCAGAAUAAAAGUGUCGUUCUGACAUUUAAGUCAGAAAUUAAAUAAAGAGCUCCUGUCCUGAA